AUGCCACUCAACCGACCAUUUGGUGCGCUGGAUGGCUCCGCCCAUCUCACCCAAUUUGCCAUCGUCCAAACCGAGAAGUUGGUAGAAGCAAUCGAGGAUUAUGAAUUGGCCAAUAUUCCACUGCCGGAGCUCCUCGUCGUAGCAAUUGAUUCAUUGUCCUCCCAACUGCAGAACUUUGGACCCGCUGAUGAUAUCCCACUCUUCCUUGAUUCCGGCUUGGGCCCGCAAGCCAUAAUUGACAACAACCUCGAAGUCGCCUGGCAUCUCUCGGCCUGCGUUUAUUUCCACAACCGAAUCAACAACAGCUUUAUCAAUGACGUCUCCUUCGCUGUCAAUACUAUCUUGAUGUGUCUUCUCCGCGCCGAAGAGCUCAAGACACUGGUGGAACCCGAUUUGAUGUACAGAGAUGAACCGGCCACCUUCCCCGCUUUUGUGGCUUCCUGCAACGCCGUUGACCGCCGCCCUUGGAUGUAUUGGUGGCGCUGGGUUCAGCAAUAUGACCUUUUGAACGUCAACGCAACAUGGAUGACUAUCAAGGUCAUUUGGCAGAUCAUGGACGAGACACAGGUGGAUGGGGAGCCCGAUUUGAGCUGGGUGGAAAUUUUGCAAGGGCCCGCCGCAGUCCCCAUGCAUUUGUCGACUGUAUUUGAAGCGUUUGGAUUUUAUUGA